UAAUUUAUUUUGCCCCUAUCAUCAUCAUCUGGCGAGUCUUACGAGCCCAUCUCUCGCGACUUCAGUGGCGUCUUCUAGACUCACUCUACGCCAACCCCGGCCUUCUCCAUCUCGCCCGUACGUUUCCAGAGUCGUUUCCGAUGCCAACCCUUGUGAUUUUGUUAUUUUUGGAUGAUAUUGGUAAUUUAUUUUGAUCUGUAGUGUUGGAUUUUCUUUGAAAUCUAAAGAUUUAUGUUUGAUUUGUUUCGAUUCUUGUGAUCUGUAAUAUUGGAUUUAUUUUUCCUUUUCGUUUUUCCUUUCUCAAGAACUGCUUCUCUUAUAAUUUACUCUCAGCUUCCAUUUCUCUUCUCCACUCAACGAUUCAGAAGCUCUAUGGUUUUUGUAGCCUCCAAUUUCUCCCUCUCUUGCACAAACUUAAUUAGCGACUAUAAGUCUUCCAUUUCAGGUGAGGAAAUAAUUUCCGGAGCUCAACGUGUCCAUGUACCUGAGUUGCUGGAAGAACGUGCAAAGGCAUGUGGCAUUGAUGUCAAUACAAUAACAACGUACAUUGAUUCUUUCAGGUAUGGUGCACCUCCACAUGGCGGGUUCGGAGUGGGGUUAGAGCGUGUGGUAAUGUUAUUCUGUGGUCUGAAUAACAUUCGCAAAACAUCGCUUUUCCCUCGUGACCCACUUAGGCUUGCCCCUUGAUUUGUUUAAGCACAGCAUCAUCCUUUGUUUUGCUAAGAUUAUACUAUAUCUUUUCUCCUCCUGGAAGUUUUAGGUUACAAAAGUGGAAAAAAGAAAAACUAUGUAAGUGUCUGCAUGGAGAAGAUAAUUUCUUCCAAGUACCAUGUAAUAUGAAGGUUUAUUUCAAGUUACCAUUUGAAAUGGGAGGCACACAUACAUUUUGCUGCAUCAAAUCCUGUAAGCACUUUUGUUGAGGUCAUUAAUUAUGGGUUUUCUUUUACUUCA